UAUAACGAUGAAAAACGUUUCUCUAUCUUCUAAUUGAACAUGCAGUCAUCAUGUUGAGUCUUGUAUGAAAAUGGUAUUCGCUUUUGCUGUGUCUUGUAUCUAGCUCUCAGGCAGAGGAUUGAACACUUGGUCUUCUAUCAACAAAACAGAAAGAAACAAAUGUAUUAAUACUCAAAUAGGUAUUUGUUUAGUGACAUGACAGAAAAUUAAUACAUAUACCAAAGUAGAGGUAUUUGCUUAUUCUCUCCCUUUCUGCAUUGCUUUAGAUCAAAAAUGAAACCUUGGUAAGAGUUUAGGAUAACUUAUACAUGCUGAUCUUAUCUCUAAGUAUGAAGGCAACUUAUACAUGCUGAUCUUAUUUCAGUGUUCCAACCUUACAACAAUAUACUGGAUAUAAAGCAGCUGCUUAAUUUUUUUUCUUGAACAAUCAAGACUCGUCUAGUUAAUGAUAGAAUACUCUAUAUAGCUCAUUUGUUAAGUCCUAGCUUACAGGUAUAGUAUGGAAUAAUUGUGGUAUGUCCUGCUCUGCAGAUUGCAUUUUCUGAUCAUACUGAGGGAUGCAUUUGUUAGUUUUUCAUGUAAGCUUUGAUAUAUGGAUAAUCAAGUUAUGCACAAUACUGACGGUUUUGAUAAAUGGAAAGGAUCGAUGCUGAAGAAAGGAGUUACUGCAUCUCCAGACGUUUAUCAAGCAAGUCUAGGGGCAGACUCAGAAUUUCUAGUGUUAGCAUCUGAUGGUUUAUGGGAUUACAUAAACAGUUCAGAUGCAGUUUCUUUUGUAAGGAAUCAGCUUCGACAACAUGGAGAUGUCCAGCUAGCUUGUUAUGCGCUUGCUGAAGCUGCUCUGGCAACAACUAAUUGAAUGGAUUGUGUUUAUUCUGACCAUAGCGCUGGAUUAUGUCAGGAAAGUCCAAAAUGCUUGAAAUUUUGGUUGCUUGAAACUUUUUUUUUUUUUAUGACAUGGUUGCUUGAAACUUUGGUUGCUAUUGUUUUGCAUGUAUUUUGGUGAAUGUCAUAUAUCUAAUUUUGGUUGCUGUUGGUUGCUUGGAUUAUGCUUAUUGAAAUUUUGGUUGUCAAUUACUAAGUGGCAUAUAUGUAAUGCUCAAAUUACAAAUUUUUGUCAAGGUUGUCCAGAAUACAUAAUGUACAAUGACAACUAUAGAUUCUUUUCUGCAAUUUUGUCCAUUAUUAAGUGCAAACCAUUUUGUUUUAGUGGGAGAGAAGAGGAAGGCAGCAUAUCCCAGGAAGAUAUGGAUGUGGGAGUGGGCAAAAUUUAUGGUC